AUGGGCUUCGUUGCAAUAUGCACCGCCAUCUACGACUAUCACCCGCAGAGCUCUGGCGAGUUAGAGAUUAAAGAGGGGGAAUUGUUAUAUAUUCUAGAGAAGAGCAGCGAGGAUGACUGGUGGAGAGCAAAGAAAAAGGCCGCUGGAGAUGAUGAUGACGAACCCGAGGGUCUGAUACCAAACAACUAUGUCGAAGACGCAAAGCCAUCCCAUACUGCCAAAGCACUCUAUGACUACACUCGCCAGACCGACGAGGAAGUCUCUUUUGCUGAGGACACUGCAUUAAACGUCUAUGAUACCUCGGACCCCGAUUGGACCUUGGUCGGCGUGGGUGAUGAUUAUGGAUUUGCGCCAGCAAACUACAUUGAGAUAUCAAGCUCGGCCUCUGCUGCUCCCCAGGCCCCUCCGCGAUCUCCCUCUGUACGAUCAAGAGGCUACUCGAAUCCUGUGGUAGCUGGGCCAGAAGCGCCUGCAAGCCCGGUCUCUCCGGCAAGAUCUGUGCACAGUCCUGCCGCCAACUUAGCCCGCGUCUUGGGAGGCGGAGUUCCGACUUCCCCAACAGCAGCUCGAACAAUAUCGUCUCCGCCUCCUACAAUCCCGCGUCAACAGUUCACUCCAGAUGCCUCAGACGAAGAAGAGCCCGCGCCCGCCCUCCCACGACGACCUACGUCGAACGAAGUAUCUCAGGGCCCACUUCCUUCUCCCCCAUACAACCGAGCUAUUCCACAGCCGGAGGACGAGGAGGCUCCCGUUCGAUCGGCUGGCGGCUUUCACCUGUACAACAUCAGUGAAAUGGUCUCUGCCAUGGGCAGGCGGAGGAAGAUGCCAACAACUUUGGGGAUAAAUAUCGCAACGGGUACGAUCAUGCUCGCUCCGGAAAAGUCAAGAGAUGGGCCAUCACAGGAAUGGACUGCAGAUAAGAUGACGCACUAUUCUAUCGAGGGCAAACACGUUUUUAUUGAACUGGUCAAGCCGAGCAAAAGUCUGGACCUGCACGCAGGUGCAAAGGACACUGCAGAAGAAAUCGUGUCAGCGCUGGGAGAGAUUGCAGGCGCUCAACGGGCCGAAGGUUUACGGGAAGUCAUGACUGCUGCUAGUGGGGGCGCAACACAUAAGAAGGGAAAGGUUCUCUACGAUUUCCCGGCUCAGGGUGAUGAUGAAGUCACAGUUGGUGUGGGGGAUGAGGUUAUCAUCCUGGACGACGCUAAAUCCGAAGAGUGGUGGAACGUCAGACGCCUGAAAAACGGCAAAGAAGGUGUCGUCCCCAGCAGCUACAUUGAGAUUACUGGGUUUGUGACGAUAGAGCCGCCUUCGCGUUCUGGCGCAAAUGCUGGUUUGUCCGUGGUUGAUCAGAAUCGACUUGAAGAAGAACGGCUGGCAAAAGAGGCAGCCAGAGCUGACAGAGCCCGUCAAGAAGCAGAGCUCGCAAGGUCUCGCAGUGACAUUCCCCAGCGCGGCAGCAGUCUCGCCGAUGAACCACCCCGACGACGAGACCGAAGAGAGAAGGACGAACGGAAGAAGAGUCGGUCGAAGCCAGAUCCCGAGAAAGUCAGAACAUGGACGGACCAUUCGGGGACAUUCAAAGUUGAAGCGGAGUUCUUGAGAGUGACAGAUGGCAAGAUUCAUUUGCACAAGGUCAAUGGUGUCAAGAUUGCUGUUCCUGUAACGAAGAUGUCGCCUGAAGACCUUGCAUAUGUUGAGCAGGUAAUACACGAACCGAUCGAAGAGCACAUUCCUGUGGCUGAUUUGAUUAAGAUGAGGCAUCGAAAUCAAGAACAACCCACCUCUCGGACCGGCGCCAGCAUUGGGGCCCGCACAACAGAGCAGCCGAAAGCCCCCGAGUACGACUGGUUUGAUUUCUUCCUCACCGCUGGCGUUGGCCCUCAUCAAUGCGAAAGAUAUGCGCAAGCCAUGAUUCGAGACUCGAUGGAUGAAAGUGUGCUUCCCGACAUUACACCCGAAACUCUGCGGACCUUAGGUUUCAAGGAGGGCGAUAUACUCAAGGUCAUGAAGUUUUUGGACCAAAAGUUUGCACGGACGCGUGCUCCGAUGACCAAUGGCACCAACGGAGAAUCAGCGCAAGGAGGUCUCUUCUCGGGACCAGGUGGAACUCUACAUAACAAUACACGCAGAGGCAGGCCGGAGGCGACACGUUCGACCAGCGAUGUUGUCGAUGCAGACGCCUUUGCGUCGAAGGAGGAAGAAAAGAGGCCACCUCCGGACGCAAGAGCGACGCCUCUUACACAGGCGCCGCCGAGGGAGCCCGUCAAGAGCGGUUUCGAUGAUGAUGCUUGGACGGUCAAGACACCGAGCCAGCCUGCGGCCGCUUCACAACCUGCCACAGCCGCUGCCACACCAUCACCAGCGCCGAAGCCUCCUACGGGGGCAACAAAGGACUUGUCCUCUCUGCUCGACGGGCCGCUGCCCGCUCCUCUCCAGCCUACUCCUGCACCUGUGCAGCAGCAGCCGCCACCGCCACCACCACCACCACAACCACCCACUGUCCCGACUCCAGUCUUAUCUCCUCCUGUACAGCAAGCUCAACAAACCGGUGCCAAUCCUGCUUUCUUCUCGCAGUUGAAUCAACAACCUGCACAACUGCAACCCCAAGUGACCGCGUUACAAACGCCACAACAAUUGAACAUCCCUCGACAGCGACCUGUAGCACCACAGCAGAGCUUUGCCGGUGCCGGAUUGCUUCCACCUCCCCCUCGUCCAACCUCCGCUCCUCAAAAUCCCCAGCAAAACCAAUUUGGCCUUCAGCCGUUGCAACCGCAGCUCACCGGGAUCCCACGAACAUCAGCCCUGCAAGCUCCACCUGGCCAAAGUUUGAACGAUCUUUCACAGCAACACGUUCAGCAGCAAUUCCAACAGUUGCAGCUGCAACCCCAGGCUACCGGCUUCAUUCAACCAACCCCAGGUAUUGGACAAUUCGGACUGGCUCCGCAACCUACAGGAUUCCAGCCGCAGCAAUUUGCUCAGUUCCAACAGCAGCCCUAUAUCAAUGGGAAUGCAGCUGGAAGUCCUUUUGCAGAUCCACGACCAUCCUUUCAACCCCAACCGACAGGAUUACCGUUUCAGCAAAGCCCUGCACCGGGGGGCAUCAACACGGUUCUUCCACCAGCUCUUCAACCGCAAAGGACCGGGUUUGUAUCCCCUGCGCCACAACCUCAGCUCAAUGGUUUUGGUCCAGGUAUUCAACCCCAGGCAGGGUUCCCGCAAGCGGCACCACUUCAACCCCAACAAACUGCCUUCCAGCAGCCACUACAACCACAAGCCACUGGGUUCGGGCAAGUCCCGCAGCAGAAUGGCUUCGGGGGCUUCCAGACACCACCUGUGCCACCGCUGCCACCUCUUCCUCAGCUCCCGACCAUUGCGCCCUUGCAAGCGCAAAAGACCGGCCCGGCUCCUCCUGUGAAGUUUGGUGUUACUGAGGCUAAGAAGUUGACUCCUCAGCCAACGGGACGAAGAGCAAACCUGGCCAAUGCGACUGCACAAAACCCAUUCGGCUUUUGA